GUUUCUGAGGCUCCGGUCUUCAUUCUGUGGGGAUUUCCCCUCUGGGGGCCUGACUUUUCGUCCCUUGUAGGACCAGAGGGGGUUUGGCUGCCUCUCCCCACAAGAAUCAGAGCUUUCUCAUGUGGAUGUGGUUCCCCGAAGAGCCAGAGGGGGCUUGGCUGCCCGCCCCCUCCCAGGAGAGUCAGAGCUUGUGGUUGCCCGAAUGCCCGUCAGUGCGGGGCAUGGUCCGGCCAGGGGAGUAGGUGGGAUGAUGCCCCGUGGUCCUGCCCCCCGAGAUGAGGAGGCAAUGACAGAGCAGCAGCAGCCACCGGGGGCCACACGAAGCAGGUGUUUGUCAGAAACCUGAAAUAAAGGGAAAGAGGCUGUUGGGCUAAGUUUGGUUUUGAGUGGAAUGUUCUUAAGUAGUCUUGGUAGCAAAACAGAUUAGAUCAGGGUAGUAAUCAAUCCGUCCUCUUGUGUCAUGGAGGCGGGAACAAAGAGAAAGCUUUUGAUCUGACCCAAGAAUAAGAAGCAGAAGUAAACGACAUCGGGGAGGUGACUUAGGGAACAGUUCCCCUGGGAGUUUGCUCCGGAUCUCAUGUCCUUCCAGGGGAACUGCACGUGAGCUUCUAGCAUGGAGCCAAGGCUUUGUGUUUUGCUUUAUACUUAAUUAAUUUUUCUUCAAUAAACAAUCAUUUCUUUCUCUGCCUCCCCCCCCCCCCAAAAAAAAAGAAAAAAAAAGAAAAGAAAAGACAAACAAAACCUUUGUGACAAAUGUGCAGAAUCAAGCAAACAGCUUCCUCCAUUGAGAGUCCAGUUUGGGCAAAGGGAAGGUUUCUUUGGGACCUGUUCCUGUGCGCACAAUUGCCCUCUGGGUAAAGGGCCGUGUUCCCGUUGGAUGUCUGCAGAUGGAAUCUGGAUCGGAGGCGGCCUCCGGGUGGGGAUGGUGGUGGACUUUGCUUGGCUCGUGGACAAGUUGGGGCUCAUUUAAAGCAGCCAGGCUCUUGUUUUGUUUUGUUUUAGUUUCUCUCCAGCAGCGGGUGGCAGAGCUGGAAAAAGUCAACGCAGAAUUUUUACGCACAAGGCAGCAGCUCGAGCAAGAAUUUAAUCAAAAGAGAGCCAAAUUUAAAGAGCUGUAUUUGGCCAAAGAAGAGGAUCUGAAGAGACAGAAUGCAGUUCUGCAGGCAGCCCAAGAUGACCUGGGCCACCUCCGGACGCAGCUGUGGGAAGCGCAGGCCGAGAUGGAGAACAUCAAGGCCAUUGCCACGGUGUCGGAGAACACCAAACAGGAAGCCAUCGACGAGGUGAAGAGACAGUGGCAAGAAGAAGUCGCCUCUCUGCAGGCCGUCAUGAAAGAGACGGUCCGUGACUAUGAACACCAGUUUCACCACAGGCUGGAGCAGGAGCGAACGCAGUGGGCUCAGUACCGAGAAGCUGCCGAGAGGGAGAUUGCGGACCUGCGCAGGAGGCUGUCGGAAGAGCAGGAGGAGGAAAACCUGGAGAACGAGAUGAAAAAGGCCCAAGAGGAUGCGGAGAAACUACGUUCUGUGGUGAUGCCGAUGGAGAAGGAGAUAGCGGCUCUGAAGGACAAACUGACCGAGGCCGAGGAGAAGAUCAAGGAACUGGAAGCCUCCAAGGUGAGAGAGCUGAAUCACUACCUGGAGGCGGAGAAAUCCUGUCGCACCGACCUGGAGAUGUACGUGGCCGUGCUGAAUACCCAGAAGUCCGUCUUACAGGAAGACGCCGAGAAGCUGCGGAAAGAGCUGCAUGAAGUGUGCCGCCUGCUGGAGCAGGAGCGCCAGCAGCACAACCAGCUCAAGCACACGUGGCAGAGGGCCAACGACCAGUUCCUGGAGUCGCAGCGGCUGCUCAUGAGGGACAUGCAGCGGCUGGAGGUGGUGCUGACCUCGGAGCAGCUGCGGCAGGUGGAGGAGCGCAAGAAGAGGGAUCAGGAGGAAGACGAGCAGGAAAGAGUCAGCAAGAGGAAGGAGCCCGAGAAGACGGAGGCCGACGAGGAGGCCAGAGUCCCCGUGGUCUUUGCUCCGGUGCAGGACGAGGCCUGCCCCCACUCGGAGGAGGAGCACCUGGACAGCGCCCACGGCUCGGUCCACUCGCUGGAUGCCGACCUGCUGCUGCCGUCGGGCGAUCCCUUCAGCAAAGCGGACGGUGACGUGUUCAAGGACGGCCUUCGCAGGGCGCAGUCCACAGACAGCCUGGGAACCUCGGGGUCCUUGCAGUCCAAAACCCUGGGCUACAACAACAAGGCCAAGUCGGCCGGGAACCUGGACGAGUCCGACUUUGGCCCGCUGGUGGGAGCCGACUCCGUGAGCGAGAACUUCGACACGGCCUCGCUGGGGUCCCUGCAGAUGCCCAGUGGCUUUAUGUUGACCAAAGAUCAGGAGAAGGCCAUCAAGGCCAUGACUCCUGAGCAGGAGGAGACCGCGUCCCUCCUUUCCAGCGUGACCCAGGGGGUGGAGACCGCCUACGUCUCUCCCAGCGGCUACCGCCUGGUCAGCGAGACCGAGUGGAAUCUGCUGCAGAAGGAGGUGCAGAAUGCUGGGAACAAGCUUGGCCGGCGCUGCGACAUGUGUUCCAACUAUGAGAAGCAGCUGCAGGGCAUCCAGACCCAGGAGGCAGAGACCCGAGACCAGGUGAAGAAGCUCCAGGGGAUGCUCAGGCAGGUGAACGACCAGCUGGAGAAGACGGCAAAGGACAAGCAAGAGCUGGAAGAGCUGAUGAGGCAGAGCGCCGAGGAGUCGGGCCAGCAGAUCUCGGCCCUGGCGCUCCAGACCCGCGCCUCGGAGCUGGCGCUGAGCGAGCUUCAGCAAGCCUUCUCGCAGGCCCAGAGGAACGCCCAGGAGCAGAUGGGCGUGCUCAUGCAGUCGCGGGAGCAGGUCUCGGAGGAGCUGGCCCGGCUGCAGAAGGAGAACGAGAGCUUGCAGGGGAAGCACGGCCUGCACCUGGCCUUGCAGCAGGCCGAGGACUUCGUCCUCCCGGAGGCCGCAGAGGAGCUGCGGGAGCUGGUGCUGAGGUAUCGCGAGAGCAUGGUGAGCGCCCGGACCGCGGCCGACCACGCGGAGGAGAAGCUCAAGGCCGAGAUCCUCUUCCUGAAGGAGCAGAUCCAGGCCGAGCAGUGUCUGAAGGAGAACCUGGAGGAGACGCUGCAGCUGGAGAUCGAGACCUGCAAGGAGGAGAUCGCGUCCAUCUCUAGCCUGAAAGCCGAGCUGGAGAGACUGAAAGCUGACAAGGAGCAGUUGGAAUCGGGCCUCCGAGAGCGGACGGAGCAGCUGGAGAGCCUGCGGCAGGCCGAGAUGACGUUGGAGGAACAGCUCAAGAGGGAGACAGCGGCCAAGACCAAUGUGGAACAGCUCAUGUUUGAGGAGAAGAACAAAGCCCAGCGUCUGCAGACGGAGCUGGAUGUCAGCGAGCAGGUGCAGAGGGACUUCGUCAAAUUGUCGCAGACACUGCAGGUCCAGCUCGAGCGGAUCCGGCAGGCGGACUCUUUGGAGAGAAUCCGGGCCAUCCUGAACGACACAAAACUGACGGACAUUAACCAGCUCCCCGAGACAUGACGGCCCGCACCGCGGACGCCCAGACUGCACUUGGGGUUUUUAACUCAUCUUUAUAGCGAUGUUAAUUAUUAUUUAACUCUUUAACGGAAGGAUCUGAAGAGAACAGGGAAGGAGCAAAGACUUUGUUGGGCCAGCCGGGCAGGAGAGAACGCCUUCGCGGGAGCUCGGCGGCCCUCCCGCGCUUGGCGUCCGGCCUCCCCUGCGGGGCCCUGACCAUUCUCCGAAGCGGUCCGGGACUUUUGGAACUAUACUGACGGUCCCGAGGAGGACGGCCCGACGGCAGCGCCCCUCGCUUUCUGCUGGGCCGGGGCCGGUCCGCGACAGUGUUCAGCUAGGAGACGGGGCAGGUCUGCCGUAGGAAUAUUUUAUAUUAAAAUACGACUUGGCGAGCAGGUGGUCCGGUGGCGAGGGCAGUGCCAGGCCAGUACAAAGCCACUGUCUCGUCCGGGGGCCCGAGCUCCCGCCAACUUCCCCAAAUGAACCUGCUUAGGUCAGCAUGGACGCGUGGCUCCAGAACCGCGCAGAGGCGGGAGAAAAGCACAAACACGUGACCUGGAAGACCCAGAGCCGCCUCCUUGCAAGGACCUCCAUCCGUGGUGGCCAGCCUCCCUCCCCCCCUCGACUUCUGUAGGCCAUCUCGAAGACUGAAUGUGCCCGGACCCUGCCUGGGGAAAACGGCUGUUUUUAAUAACUGCUGGAGGGCUUUCUUUUUGGUAGCUUUAGAGUGAUAGCUGCAUUAAUUGGGGGGGGGGUUACCCCCAAGCCCUGCCCUGGAAGAAGUGCCCCACUGAGACCCCUGGAGUGCCCUUGAAAGCCUUGGGGGGGGGCACAGAUGGAUCCAAAGGGAAGGGACAGUGAGGUCCCCGGCAUCCGUUCUGACAGCUGAAGCAGCCCCCCCUUCCCCAUUCUGUACCCCCACUCCCCAGAGACAGAGUAGCGGCCAAGCGCGCCGUCAGUGUCUUGUGCGAUUGUGGCUGUCAAUCAACUGUAACCAUUGUUAACUGUACUGAAGGUGUGUUCUGAAGCGUGUGCGCAUUAAAAACAAAAGCUGCUGCCCA